AAGUUACAGACGCUUAGAGAGGGAAAUUUUGAAGGCUAUAUUUGAUUUCGUAUAUAAACUCCAAUACUCAUUCUGCGGGGAGAGAGAGAGAGACAGACAGACRGCUCUGAAGAAAGGGGAAAUACCUGCUUCGUUUUUUCAUAAAUUACCUCCGAUCUUCUCGAAAUAGCCGCAGAGAUUCCGAAGCUCUCUUUCUCUUCUUGCGGAUCCGAGUCACUGAAUUUGAGUCUACGUCGUCUGUUCCUCAGUUUUCCUUUUGGAUGAGUUAGAGGAGAUCCAGUCUACAAAAUCGUCAAUGGUGGAACCAGUUAACAUUGUUGUUGGUUCCCAUGUAUGGGUYGAGGAUCCUUUACUGGCUUGGAUUGAUGGGGAAGUUACACGAAUCAAUGGUCAUGAGAUUCAUAUUAACACAACAAAUGGGAAAAAGGUUGUCUCCAAUAUAUCAAAAGUAUUUCCAAAGGAUACUGAAGCUCCACCUGGAGGGGUUGAUGAUAUGACAAAGCUCUCAUAUUUGCAUGAACCUGGUGUUCUGCAGAAUUUGGCUACCAGAUAUGAACUUAAUGAAAUCUAUACAUACACUGGCAAUAUCUUGAUUGCAAUAAAUCCAUUUCAAAGAUUACCUCAUUUAUAUGAUACUCAUAUGAUGGAACAAUAUAAAGGAGCAACAUUUGGAGAGCUAAGCCCCCAUGUUUUUGCUGUUGCAGAUGUUGCAUACAGGGAAAUGAUCAACGAAGGGAAGAGCAACUCUAUUUUGGUUAGUGGAGAAAGUGGUGCUGGUAAAACUGAGACCACAAAGAUGCUCAUGCGAUAUCUUGCAUAUUUGGGUGGGCGAUCUGGAACAGAAGGGAGAACUGUUGAACAACAAGUUCUUGAAUCAAAUCCAGUUUUGGAAGCAUUUGGCAAUGCUAAAACUGUUCGAAAUAACAACUCAAGUCGUUUUGGUAAAUUUGUUGAGAUCCAAUUUGACAAGAAUGGGAGAAUAUCUGGGGCAGCUAUUAGAACCUACCUACUUGAAAGGUCUCGUGUUUGCCAAAUAUCAGAUCCUGAGAGAAAUUACCAUUGCUUUUACAUGCUAUGUGCAGCACCAUCUGAGGAUAUUGAGAAAUAUAAGUUGGGAAAUCCUAAAUCAUUCCAUUACCUGAAUCAAUCCAAUUGCUAUGUGCUGGAUGGAGUAAAUGAUGCCCAUGAAUAUUUAGCAACCAGGAGGGCCAUGGACAUUGUUGGAAUCAGUGARCAAGAACAGGAGGCAAUUUUCAGGGUUGUAGCUGCAAUUCUUCACCUUGGUAAUAUUAAUUUUGCAAAGGGAGAGGAGGUAGAUUCUUCUGUCAUAAAGGAUGAAAAGUCUAGAUUCCAUCUUAAAAUGACAUCUGAACUUCUCAAGUGUGAUGCCCAGAGUUUGGAGGAUGCACUGAUAAAGCGUGUCAUGGUGACACCUGAAGAAGUUAUCACAAGAACUCUUGAUCCUGUUUCUGCAGUGGGUAGCAGAGAUGCUUUAGCCAAAACAAUAUACUCCCGCCUAUUUGAUUGGAUUGUGGAUAAAAUUAACAUUUCAAUUGGACAGGAUCCAAACUCAAAGUCAUUAAUUGGAGUUCUUGAUAUUUAUGGAUUUGAAAGUUUUAAGUGUAAUAGUUUUGAGCAGUUCUGUAUCAACUUUACAAAUGAGAAGCUGCAACAACAUUUCAACCAGCAUGUCUUCAAAAUGGAACAAGAAGAGUACACCAAGGAGGAAAUUAAUUGGAGCUACAUAGAGUUUGUUGACAAUCAAGAUGUCUUGGAUCUUAUUGAGAAAAAACCUGGAGGAAUUAUAGCACUUCUAGAUGAAGCCUGCAUGUUUCCUAAGUCUACGCAUGAAACAUUUGCCCAAAAGCUGUACCAGACAUUUAAAAACAAUAAGCGCUUUAUUAAACCAAAGCUCUCUCGCACCAGUUUCACCAUAUCUCACUAUGCAGGGGAGGUAACAUAUCAAGCUGAUCUGUUUCUGGACAAGAACAAAGAUUAUGUGGUAGCAGAGCAUCAAGAUUUAUUGACUGCUUCAAAGUGCCCAUUUGUAGCAGCUCUAUUUCCUCCACUUCCAGCAGAGUCAUCAAAGUCAUCUAAAUUUUCUUCCAUUGGAUCACGAUUCAAGUUGCAACUUCAAUCCUUGAUGGACACCUUGAGUUCAACGGAACCUCACUACAUCAGAUGUGUAAAGCCUAACAAUGUUCUCAAACCUGCUAUUUUUGAGAACUUCAACGUMAUCCACCAAUUACGAUGUGGUGUAAGUUUAGGCAAGACAAAAGUCUUCCUCAGAGCUGGUCAGAUGGCUGAGUUGGAUGCUCGAAGAGCAGAGGUGCUUGGCAAUGCAGCUAGAAUCAUUCAAAGACAAAUCCGUACAUAUAUUGCUCGUAAAGAGUUUAUCUCCUUACGGAAGUCAGCUAUUCAUUUGCAAUCUCGGUGGCGAGGGAAAAUGGCUUGCAAACUGUAUGAGCAGUUAAGACGUGAAGCAGGUGCUGUGAAGAUACAGAAGAACUUCCGUCGAUAUACUGCCAGGAAAUCCUACAUAAGACUACGGUUAUCAGCAAUUACAUUGCAGACUGGCCUAAGGGCAAUGACUUCAAGGGAUGAAUUCAGAUUCCGGAAGCAAACCAAGGCCACAAUCAUUAUCCAGGCUCGGUGGCGUUGCCACAGGGAUUAUUCAUACUAUAAGAGUCUUCAGAAGGCUGCCCUCAUUUCUCAGUGUGGUUGGAGACGAAGAGUUGCUAGGAGAGAGCUCAGAAAACUCAGAAUGGCUGCUAGAGAAACAGGGGCACUCAAAGAAGCAAAAGACAAACUAGAAAAACAUGUAGAGGAACUUACAUGGCGUUUGCAGUUUGAGAAGCGAUUAAGGACUGAUUUGGAGGAGGCCAAGGCCCUAGAAAUUUCCAAGUUACAAGAUUCUUUGAAUGCUAUGCAAAUACAAGUAGAAGWAGCAAAUGCCAAGGUUAUUAAAGAACGAGAGGYAGCCAGAAAAGCUAUUGAAGAAGCACCACCAGUCAUUAAGGAGACCUCAGUUAUAAUUCAAGAUACAGAAAAAGUUGAUGUAUUAACUGCUGAAGUUGAAAAGCUAAAGGCUUUACUGCUAUCAGAAAGGCAAACAACACAUGAGGCCAAGCAAUCUUAUGCCGAUGCUCAGGCUAAAAAUGAGGAGCUGAUAAAGAAGCUUGAAGAUGCUGAGCGAAAAGUCGAUCAACUUCAGGAUUYUGUUCAUAGGCUUGAAGAGAAACUUUCAAAUAUAGAGUCAGAGAAUCAAGUACUUCGUCAACAAGCACUGGCUAUUUCACCAACUGGAAAAGCAUUAUCUGCUGCACGUCAAAAGAUGACCAUCAUUCAGAGGACCCCAGAGAAUGGAAAUGUUCCAAAUGGAGAAACAAGGGUGGCAUCGGACUUGAGUCUUGCUGUAUCAAAUCCACGGGAGCCUGAAACUGAGGAAAAACCACAAAAGUCACUUAAUGAGAAGCAGCAAGAGAACCAAGACCUACUGAUAAACUGUAUUUCACAAGACCUGGGGUUCUCUGGGGGAAGACCUGUUGCUGCUUGUAUUAUAUACAGAUGCCUUCUUCAUUGGAGAUCAUUUGAAGUUGAAAGAACAAGUGUUUUUGACCGUAUUAUUCAGACAAUAGGUUCAGCUAUAGAGGCUCAGGAUAACAAUGAUCUUUUAUCCUAUUGGUUAUCCAAUUCAUCGACAUUGUUGUUGCUUCUCCAACGCACACUUAAAGCAAGUGGUGCAGCUAGCUGGACCCCACAAAGGCGGAGGUCAACAUCAACUUUAUUUGGGAGGAUGUCUCAAGGCCUUCGAGGAUCUCCACAAAGUGGAUUCUCAUUUCUUAAUGGUCGAAUGCUUGGACUGGAGGACUUAUGUCAAGUAGAAGCCAAAUAUCCAGCAUUGUUGUUUAAGCAACAACUCACAGCCUUCCUUGAGAAGCUAUACGGGAUGAUAAGAGAUAAUCUGAAGAAAGAGAUCUCUCCCUUGCUUGGAUUAUGUAUUCAGGCACCUAGGACUUCAAGGGCAAGUUUAGUGAAAGGACGGUCACAGGCAAAUGCUAUUGCUCAACAAGCUUUAAUUGCUCAUUGGCAAUGCAUUGUGAAAAGCCUAAACAAUUACUUGAAGACUCUGAGAGCCAACUAUGUUCCCCCAUUCUUAGCUCGAAAAGUGUUCACUCAGAUAUUUUCUUUCAUAAAUGUUCAACUAUUCAACAGCCUUCUUUUGCGUCGUGAAUGUUGCUCAUUUAGCAAUGGGGAGUAUGUGAAAGCAGGAUUGGCUGAGUUGGAACAAUGGUGUAAUGAAGCUUCUGAAGAAUAUGCAGGCUCAGCUUGGGAAGAACURAAGCAUAUCAGACAGGCAGUUGGCUUCCUGGUCAUACACCAAAAGCCCAAAAAGACCUUGAAUGAAAUAACAAAGGACCUUUGCCCGGUGCUCAGCAUACAACAAUUAUACAGGAUUAGUACAAUGUACUGGGAUGAUAAAUAUGGUACACACAGUGUAUCUUCAGAUGUUAUUUCAAGCAUUAGAGUCCUGAUGACUGAGGAUUCAAACAAUGCUAUCAGUAGUUCUUUCUUAUUGGAUGAUGAUUCAAGCAUACCAUUCUCCGUGGAUGACAUAUCCAAGUCAAUGCAACAAAUAGACAUAACUGAUAUUGACCCUCCACCUCUGAUGCGUGAAAACUCGGGUUUCGUGUUCCUGUUACAGCGUUCAGAGUGAUGGUGAUCAUGUUGUCCAAUCCCAGCUCCCCGUGCAUUUUGCACUUCCAUGAGCGAGUUACUACAACCUGUGCAUAUAAUCUUAAUUCUCCCACAUAUCAUGUAUUUAUAUAUUUUGUUCAUUCCCGGGGGCCGUCCUUCACGUCCUAUCGAGAAAUGAGGCAUUCAUUUAGAGCCCAUAAUGCUCCAAGCCUGAUACAGUCAACUACAGAAAACAUACGCCAGGGUUUAGCAAGUUGUCAAACCAGAUUGGGCUUGUUCAGAUGAAUCAGAUUGUUGCUUGUUGGGUUCUGUUCAGUGCAUUUCAAAUGUUAUAGUAACCACAUUUCCAGGCGAAUUUCUGUUACAUGUGAAAGCUUUUUGUAAUAUUCAUAUUUAUUCAUUUUAGACGGUCAGGUUUCAGGUAUUUUGUAAAUCAUCCGCACAGUGCGGAUAGCAGGUUAUCCUAGGCAUGUUACCUUAGCUUCUUGUGAGUUGUGACCGUCUUUGUUAUUAGUUGAAACUUGAAAGUUGAAACAUCCACUAUUUUGUGGUACUAUGUUUGUUGAACGAAAAAACAAGAUUAUUAGC